CGGUGAUCUUUUUUUUUUUCUUCUCUACUUUCUUUUCAAUUUUUAAUUUUUAAAAAGAUGCUUGCUAUCCGAAACGCUGUUCGUAAGACGACUGUUGCCGCUUUAACACGUCCUCUCGCUAAAGCUCAUUACUCGAGCGGUUCACGCAUUAGUGUUCAAAACCCAGUAGUUGACUUGGACGGUGAUGAAAUGACACGUAUUAUCUGGAGUGAUAUUAAGGAUAAACUUAUCUUGCCUUACUUGGAUUUGGAUAUCAAGUACUAUGAUCUUGGUAUGGAAUACCGUGACCAGACUGACGAUCAAGUUACAAUUGAUGCAGCUGAGGCCAUUAAAAAGUACAAUGUAGGUAUCAAAUGUGCCACUAUCACACCUGAUGAAGGUCGUGUCAAGGAAUUCAACUUGAAGCAAAUGUGGAAGUCUCCUAACGGUACAAUUCGUAACAUUUUGAACGGUACUGUUUUCCGUGAGCCCAUUAUUUUGGAUAAUAUUCCCCGUAUUGUUCCUGGUUGGACCGAACCCAUUGUGAUUGGUCGUCAUGCUUUCGGUGAUCAAUACCGUUCUACUGACUUUGUCACUGAACAAGCUGGUAAAUUUGAAAUGUCAUUCACACCUGCUGAUGGAUCCGAACCUAAGAAAUGGACGGUAUAUGAUUUCCCACAAAACGGAGGUGUUGGUAUGGCCAUGUACAAUACCAAUGAUUCCAUUAAUGGGUUUGCUCACAGUUGUUUCCAAAUGGCACUUACCAAGAAGAUGCCACUUUACUUGAGUACCAAGAACACGAUUUUAAAGAAAUACGAUGGACGUUUCAAGGAUAUCUUUGAGGAUAUCUACCAAAAGGAUUACCGCAAGGACUUUGAAAGUGCCAAUUUGUGGUACGAACAUCGUUUGAUUGAUGACAUGGUUGCACAAGCCCUCAAGUCAAAGGGAGGAUUUGUUUGGGCAUGUAAGAACUAUGAUGGUGAUGUUCAAUCGGAUAUUUUAGCUCAAGGUUAUGGAUCUCUUGGUUUGAUGACUUCUGUUUUGAUCACACCCGAUGGUAAGACAAUGGAAGCAGAGGCAGCGCAUGGUACAGUCACUCGUCAUUACCGUGAGUUCCAAAAGGGUAACCCUACCUCUACCAACCCUAUUGCUUCUAUCUUUGCUUGGUCUCGUGGUUUAGCUCAUCGUGCUAACUUGGAUAACAAUGGAGAAUUAAAGAAGUUUUGUCUUGACCUUGAAAAAUCAUGUAUUGAUGCUGUUCAAAGAGAUCAGGUCAUGACCAAAGAUUUAGCUUUGGCUAUCCAUGGUAGAAACCUCAAGCCUGAGCAUUAUGUCUCUACCAGUGAGUACAUGAAGCGUGUCAAGGAAAACCUCGAUCAAUCCAGAUCAUAAAUGUAUAAAAAAGAAAAAAGAAUUACCCUAGAACUGUUAAAAGUAUAUAAAAAAAAAGGUUAAUAAAUCCAUGUUUUAUUGGUGUUACACUCUAAACAUCUUUUUCGCCUCCUGAAUUCCCC